CUCAAUAUCUGCCGUGUUAAUGAAGGUAUGAUUUUUGUUUAAUUUACACAAUGCCUACCUAUCAAAUGAAACUUAAUUUAUACUGUUCUAUAGAUUUAUUGUACGGACAACAACUUAUUGGCGAAGACAUCAUGAAUUACCUAUCCGCUAGGUGACUAGAUAUGUAUACAAAAAUACAACAAUUACAUUUUCAAAAUAACACAUACCUAGAUCUAGUAUCAACCUAAACUUAAAAAUUUAGAAACAAAAGUAUAGGGAACCAAAAUGGCUUCUCUUUCAAAAUCGUCUACUUAUAAUUUAUCUACUAGUUCAGACUCAGAAAAUGAAAUUAGAACUAAUAUAAAACUUGAUACUGCUAAAAUGGAUUUUGAAAAAACCUUUAAUACGGAACUGCCUUCAAGCUUAACACGCCAAACUACAAACAACUCAUUAAGGUAUUUUAAAAAACUUAAAAGAAAAAAACCCAUAUACGAAUCAGAUUCUAGCUCUCUAUUAAGCACAUUACCAAAGGAUAAAUUAUAUAAUUUACCCGAUUCAAAAAAUGUGUCAAAUUACAAAAAAAAAAAACUUGGGCUUAAGAAUAAAAACACCGUAUAUGGUAAUGCAAUUGAUUUAAACAAAGAAUUUGCGAACGCUUUUGAAUCUUCGUCCGAUUCUGAUUUUCCUGAUUUAAAAUAUUUAAGAGCAAUUACAAAAAAUGAAGAGAUUAAUACUUCACCUGCCAGUAAGGAUUUGAGACAAAAUAAAUCUUUUUCGAGUUUAACAAGUAAGAAACGACCAACAUUAAUUAAUAUUUCUAACAUUGCCGAAAAUAUUAGUGAUGGUUUAGAAUCGUCAAUAUCUUCAGAUGUUACAGAUCUUGGUUUUUCCCAUGUAAACACUGAUUCUGUUAACUUUCAACAGAAAAAUGUUUAUACUCAUAAUGAACUAAAUUUGGAUCACAUAUUAUCAGAUUGUAGUCUAUCUGACGUAUUAUUCGUUAGAAAAGAUAACACUGAUUUAAAAAGCCAAUUUGAUCCCACACCCGGUACAGAUACUUCAAUUAUACGAACGAAAUCACCAUUAAACAUUUGUUUAGAAAUAGAUGAUGAGCUACUAUCGCAGCAACCAUCAAACGCUAUAAUAAAUGUACCAGAUUUAAUUUAUAACGAGGCUGCAAAAGUUGAACAAAAUAAAACUGUUAAUGAAAUUGAAAUUUCUGAACCAGAACUUAUAUUAAACAAUGAUGAUUCCAAUAGUAAUGAAGCAAAAUCAUUUUCUAAACAAAAAUCAAAUUCUCAUGUAUCAACUGAAGAAAGUGUUAUCUCAGAACAAAUUUGCAAUCAUUGUAAUCGUUCUAGUAAACCAGCAAUUAAAAAUUCCAGUCAUAGUAAAAUAAAAAAUACAACACGAAGUAAAUUACGUUCACACGUUACAACACUGACAAGUACAUCAGAUAUUUUGCGAAUUAAAAAAUCAUGUGAUAAGAAAAUAAUAAAAAACUGUGCGAAAAUAAAUGAAACUGUUGAAGAUAUUGGUCUAGAAUAUGAUACAAGUAGAGACAACUACAUGGUAGAGUUGCCAAAUGGAGCUGUAGUUCCAGUAUUUUUAUCAACAUUAAAGCCUAAACAUGUAAAAAAACUAUGUGCUUGUGGAAUUACUAUAUCUGAUAUUCCUCUUUAUUGGAGCGAAUCUUUUCACGAUAUUUUACAUCAAAAUAUUUAUAAAUUACGUUUUAGUGGUGAUAUAUCCGAUGAUGACACUGUUAACAUUAAACAAAAUGAUUUAUUCUUCAGGAUUUUAAUUUUAUGUGAAAACCGUUAUAACAACGAAAACAUAAGAAAAUCCGUCAAAGAUGUAGAUGAUUUUGUGUGCUUAGAAUAUGGCAUUUCCAAUAUAAGUAUUCAAUCUUAUAGAUAUUCUACAUAUUUAGCGGUUUUACCUAAUUUCAAGGUGAUAGGAUAUUUAAAAGUGAAGCCCAUACAAAAAGCGUAUACACUAAACAAUGAGGAACAAUAUUCAGGAAAUACAAUUGUACCCGUCAAGUUUGGUGUAUCAAAGAUUUGGGCUUUUAUUAAAUACAGACAUAAAAACGUCGAUAUUAACUUGUUGGAUAAAUUUUGUGAAAAAAAUAACGUUCAAAAGAAAGACUUAGCAUUUUUUUUAGAUGGAUGUCAAGGAAUCCAAUUUAUUCAAGAAUACACGGGAAAUAAAAAUGUUUUAAUUUACGAUGAAACUCUAGCUUAGUUGUUAUAGAUUAGGUUACACCUAUCUAUAUAGUAGGUAUUAGGUGGUAUUGAUUAUGUUAAA